CAUCUAAGCCACCACCUUCCCUACCCUAUAAAUCCCUGCUCUUCAACCAGCUGUGUUCCUAUGAGAGGGGUGGCUUCUUGGAAGUGUUUGCUCUGUAGCUGCUGCAGCCAUGGGGCUGGGCUGCAGUGGCUUUGUGGGUUUAGGGCUCUUGAUAAUUGCGGGGCUAUGCUAUGGGCAGGGUGACUUCAGGAGAGUUGGCUCCUUAGGCCUGCAGUAUCAGUACAGCUGUGGAGAGUACAGCAUGCAGCUGAUGGUAUUUCCUAGCCCAGGCAGAGAGGUCCGCUUUAAAUUACUGGAUGAGGAUGGGAUAGCCUUUGAGGUUUCAAAUUGCUCCAUCUGCCAUCACUGGAUUACAUUUCAUGAGAGAAAUGUUGCUUUCUCUGUGGGCUACAAUGGCUGUCGCGUGCUAAAGAAGGAUGGAAGGAUGCAUCUGAAAGUCCAUCUGGAGGAAUUAACAAGCAACAGAAUCACGGAUGCCCGUGACAUCAACAUGAUCUGCCCCAAACCACAAGAACAUCUUUUGAAACCAGAGGACAACCUGCCUUAUGUACCACAUCCUGGCCCGGCAAGCCUGACCCAGCCCCCUCAGCAUGGCCGAGUACGUCCACUCAGACCACAGGCCAAGGCCACACAGCCCAGCCUGAUGCAUCCACUUCAGCCCCAGCCCAGCCUGGUGCGCCCACCGCAGUCUGGCCUGGUGCGCCCACUCCAGCCUCAACCACAACAACCACAACCCGGACUGGUGCGUCCAUCCCAGCCUGAGCCCCCAAAACCUAGCCUGGAGCGCCUGCUCCAGCCUCAACCACAACCUGGCCUGGAACUCCCGCCACAGCCCGGCCUAGUGCGCCCACUCCAGCCACAGCCUGGCCUGGUGUGCCCAUUCCAUCCCCAGCCCUCGAAACCUGGCCUGGUACGCCCCUCGCAGCCUCAGCCCCCAAGGUCUGGCCUGGAGUGCCUACUGCAGCCCCAGCCUCAACCGCAACCCGGCCUGGUGCGCCCGCCCCAGCCUCAACCGCAACCCGGCCUGGUGCGCCCGCCCCAGCCUCAACCGCAACCCGGCCUGGUGCGCCUGCCCCAGCCCCAGCCCCCAAAGCCUGGCCUGGAGUACCCACCGCAGCCCCAGCCGGGCCUGGUGCGCCCGCCCCAGCCUCAACCACAACCCGGCCUGGUGCGCCCGCCCCAGCCUCAACCACAACCCGGCCUGGUGCGCCCCUUGCAGCCCCAGCCCCCAAAGCCUGGCCUGGAGCACCCACUGCAGCCCCAGCCGGGCCUGGUGCGCCCACUCCAGCCUCAACCACAACCGGGCCUGGUGCGCCCACUCCAGCCUCAACCACAACCUGGCCUUGUGCGCCCCCUGCAGCCUCAGCCGGGUUUGGUGCGCCCACUCCAGCCUCAACCACAACCCGGCCUGGAAAGCCCACUGCAGCCGCAGCCUGGUCUAGUGCGCCCACCGCAGCCUGGCCUGGAGCGCCCACUCCAGCCUCAACCACAACCGGGCCUGGUGCGCCCACUCCAGCCUCAACCACAACCCGGCCUGGUGCGCCCCCUGCAGCCCCAGCCGGGCUUGGUGCACCCAUCCCAGCCUCAACCACAACCCGGCCUGGAGCGCCCACUCCAGCCUCAACCACAACCCGGCCUGGUGCGCCCCCUGCAGCCCCAGCCGGGCUUGGUGCACCCAUCCCAGCCUGAGCCCCUGAAGCCUGGCUUCGAGCGCCCGUUGCUCCCACAACCUGGUAUAGUGCACCCCCUGCAACCACAGCCUGGCCUGGAGCAUCCACUGCAGCCCCAGCCACAACCCAGCCUGGUGCGCCUUCUGCAGCCCCAACCACAGGCACCACAACCCAGCCUGGUGCGCCCAUCCCAGCCCACGUCCCCGAAGCCUGGACUGGAGCGGCCACUGCAGCCACAACCCGGUAUAGUGCGCCCCCUGCAGCCCCAACCGCAGCCUGGCCUGGUGCGCCCCGUCCAGCCCCAGCCGCAGCCGCAGCCACCGCAGCCUGGCCUGGUGCGCCCCGUCCAGCCCCAGCCGCAGCCACCGCAGCCUGGCCUGGUGCGCCCCGUCCAGCCGCAGCCACCGCAGCCUGGCCUGGUGCGCCCCGUCCAGCCCCAGCCGCAGCCACCGCAGCCUGGCCUGGUGCGCCCCGUCCAGCCGCAGCCACCGCAGCCUGGCCUGGUGCGCCCCGUCCAGCCGCAGCCACAGCCACCGCAGCCUGGCCUGGUGCGCCCCGUCCAGCCGCAGCCACAGCCACCGCAGCCUGGCCUGGUGCGCCCCGUCCAGCCGCAGCCGCAGCCACCGCAGCCUGGCCUGGUGCGCCCCGUCCAGCCGCAGCCGCAGCCACCGCAGCCUGGCCUGGUGCGCCCCCUCCAGCCGCAGCCGCAGCCACCGCAGCCUGGCCUGGUGCGCCCCGUCCAGCCGCAGCCACCGCAGCCUGGCCUGGUGCGCCCCGUCCAGCCGCAGCCACCGCAGCCUGGCCUAGAGCGGCCACUGCAGCCACAACCUGGCCUGGUGCACCCACUCCAGCCAGGUUUAGUACAUCCAGUGCCACCACAGCCUGGCUUAGUACAGCCAGCACGCACCAUAGGUUCCUCUCUAACACUGGAGCAAUGCCAGGUUUCUUCUGGAAAGAUCCCCUGUGUGAGUGCAGAAGGACCAGCUGCCUGCUAUCAUACUGGAUGUUGCUAUGAUGAAAGGGACCAAAUGAUUCCAUGUUAUUAUGGCAACACAGCUACUGUUCAGUGCCUUCAGGAUGGUUACUUCAUCUUGGCUGUCUCCAGGGAUAUGUUGGACUACCCCAUCAUCCUGGACAGUGUUAAGCUCUCCUAUGCUCAAGGAAGAUGUGACCCUGUCAGGAAAACAGAGUCUUUCCUGCUGUUCCGCUUCCCCCUCACACAGUGUGGAACAACUGUCCAGGUGACAGGUGGCAGACUGAUAUAUGAAAACCAGCUAGUUUCAGGCAUUGACAUCUUAAGUGGACCAGAUGGCUUUAUCACCCGAGACAGCACCUUCAUCCUCCAUGCUCGCUGCAUCUACAAUGCCACUGACUUCCUGCCAGUUCAGGGUGAAGUAUUCUCUGCACCCACCCCAGCUCCAGUUAUCCAGGUGGGACCUCUCCGGCUUGAGCUGCGUAUUGCUACAGACUCCACAUACAGAUCCUACUACUCAGAUUACCCUGUGGUGAAGGUACUGCGGGAGCCAGUGCAUGUGGAGGUCCGCAUCCUGCAGAGAAUGGAUCCAUCCCUGGUUCUUGUUCUGCAUGAGUGCUGGGCUACUCCGAGCACCAAUCCCCUUGAGCAGCUGCAGUGGCCAAUCCUGGCAGCUGGGUGCCCAUUCAAAGGAGACAACUACAGAACCCAGCUGGUGCCCAUGGGGCCUGCCACAUCUGAGGUGUCCUUUCCAAACCACUACCAGCGCUUCAUCAUCUCCACCUUCACGUUUGUGGAUUCAGCUCCUCGGAUGGUACUUGAUGGCUUGGUGUACCUCUUCUGCAGUGUGUCUGUCUGUCACCCUUCACAGCUAGAACCCUGCAGGGUCGCAUGUCAAGAGCCAGUGACUGCAAGAGGCCGUAGGUUUUCUGAGAUGCACAAUGGGACACAAUCCUUAGACCUAGUAAGCACCAAUGGGGCUGUGAUCUUCCAAGGGAGCAGCCAGUCUCAUGAGAAACAAGUCAAAUGGGAGAAAGAUGACUCUUCCAGUGGAGACGUGACCUUGAUAUUCCUGGUGCUGCUGCCCUUAGUGGGCAUCAUUUUGUUUGUUGCUGUGCUAGUGUUCUGGAAGAAAAAGAAUAAGUUCUAA